UGUGGUAGAAAUCUUGAGAGAAUCGAACAUGUACUAUCUCCAGACACAAACAAUGAACUGAAAAGCAGUUUGGCUGAACUGAGAAUGCUAAUAACCGCUAUAGCAUUUCAGACUGGAUCCUGUGUGCUUGACUGCAUUCACAUGCCAACAUUGCCGUAAAACGUCGACGUUUUCACUGGUUUGCGACCGCCGCCUGCUGAUUACCGGUAAAAUGGGGCAGGGCUGUCAGAGAGCCCGUCCGCUACAGCGAGGAUAAUUGUAUACAGAAACAAUUCCGCAACACACAGAAGACCCAUGGAUCCUAACAGAAUAAUCCAGGCGCUGAAGGGGACAAUAGAUCCCAGUUUGAGGAUAGCAGCGGAAAAUGAACUCAAUCAGUCAUAUAAGAUCAUCAACUUUGCCCCCACCUUACUCCAGAUCAUUGUCUCUGACCAGGUGGAGUUCCCGGUGCGACAAGCAGCUGCCAUCUACCUGAAGAACAUGGUGAGCCAGUACUGGCAGGAUCGAGAGCCCUCCCUGGGGGGGGCGGUGUUCCCCUUCAACAUCCACGAGAACGACCGACAGCAGAUCCGUGACAACAUUGUGGAGGGCAUCAUCCAGAGCCCUGAGUCCAUCAGGGCCCAGCUGACCGUCUGCUUGCGCGCCAUCAUCAAGCACGACUUCCCCGGCCGCUGGACAGCCAUCGUGGACAAGAUCGGCCUGUACCUGCAGUCCCACAACACCGCCAGCUGGUACGGCAGCCUGCUGGCCCUCUACCAGCUGGUCAAGACCUACGAGUAUAAGAAGGUGGAGGAGCGGGAUCCACUCAUGGCCGCCAUGCAGGUCUUCCUGCCCCGGAUCCAGCAGCAGGUCACCCAGCUGCUGCCCGACGCCACCGUCUUCUCCGUGCUCGUCCAGAAGCAGAUCCUCAAGAUCUUCCACGCGCUCGUGCAGUACUCGCUGCCGCUGCAGCUGAUCAACAACACAGUCCUGACGCAGUGGAUGGAGAUCCUGAGGGCCGUCGUGGAUCGGGACGUCCCCCCCGAGACAAUGGAGGUGGACGAGGAUGACCGCCCAGAGCUGGUGUGGUGGAAGUGUAAGAAGUGGGCUCUGCACAUCCUCACCAGGCUGUUUGAGAGGUACGGAAGCCCCGGCAACGUCACCAAGGAGUACUCGGAGUUUGCAGACUUCUUCCUGAAGACCUACGCUGUGGGGAUCCAGCAGGUUCUGCUGAAGGUGAUUCACCAGCACAGGCAGAAGCAGUACGUCACCCCCCACAUCCUGCAGGAGGCGCUCAACUACCUGAACCAGGGCGUGUCCCACUCCCUCACAUGGAAGCAGAUGAAGCCGCACAUGCAGACCCUCAGCCAGGACGUGAUCUUCCCCCUCAUGUGCUACAAGGACGAGGACGAGAAGAUGUGGCAGGAGGAUCCCUACGAGUACAUCCGCAUGAAGUUCAACGUGUAUGACGACCACGCCCUCCCCACCACGGCUGCUCAGAGUCUGCUGUGCAAAGCGGCCAGGAAGCGGAAGGAGGUUCUGCCCAAGAUGAUGGAUUUCUGCCAUCAGAUCCUGAUGGAUCCCAACUCAGAUCCCCGCAGGAAGGACGGAGCGCUGCAUGUGAUUGGCUCGCUGGCAGACCUCUUACUCAAGAAGCAGGGCUACAAGGAGCAGAUGGAGCUAAUGUUGCAGAACUACGUGUUUCCGCUCCUCAACUCCAGCCUGGGCUAUCUGCGCGCCAGGUCCUGCUGGGUUCUUCACUCCUUCAGCUCCCUCCAGUUCCAUAACGAGCUGGUGUUGCGCAAUGCCGUGGAGCUGGUCAGGCAGGACCUCAUCAAUGACAAGGAGAUGCCCGUCAAAGUGGAGGCGGCCAUCGCCCUGCAGACGCUCGUUAGCAACCAGGAGCAAGCCAAGGUGUACAUCCGACCCUACAUCCGUCCUGUGAUGCAAGAGCUGCUCCAUGUCGUCAAGGAGACGGAGAACGAUGACCUCACCAACGUCAUCCAGAAGAUGAUUUGCGAGUACAGCGAGGAGGUGGCCGUUAUCGCCAUAGAAACGACACAGAACCUGGCUGAGAUCUUCACUAAGGUUCUGCAGAGUGAGGAGUAUGAGGACAGUGAGGAUAAGACGGUGAUGGCUCUGGGCAUCCUGAGCACCAUCGACACCAUCCUCACCGUCAUGGAGGACCACAAGGAGAUCACUCAGCAGCUGGAGGGAAUCUGUCUGCAGGUGAUCGGCCUGGUUCUGCAAAAACCCAUCAUAGAGUUCUAUGAGGAGAUCCUGUCGCUGGCCUUUGGGCUGACCUGCCAGACCAUCUCGCCCCAGAUGUGGCAGCUGCUGGGGGUGCUGUACGAUGUGUUCCAGCACGACUGCUUGGACUACUUCACAGAUAUGAUGCCUCUCUUACACAACUAUGUGACUGUGGACACGGACAUGCUGCUCUCCAAUCCCAAGCACCUGGAGGUUAUUUACACCAUGUGUAAGAAGGUUCUCACCAGCGACGCGGGUGAAGAUGCCGAGUGCCACGCCGCCAAGCUGCUGGAGGUGAUCAUCCUGCAGUGUAGAGGGCGGGGCAUCGACCAGUGCGUGCCUCUGUUCGUGGAGGCGGUCCUGGAGCGGCUGACGCGGGCGGUGAAGUCCAGCGAGCUGCGCACCAUGUGCCUGCAGGUGGCCAUCGCCGCGCUCUACUACAGCCCCGCCCUGCUGCUGCACACGCUGGAGAGCAUCCGCUUCCCACACAGCCCCGAGCCCAUCACCGCCCAGUUCGUCAACCAGUGGAUGAACGACACCGAGUUCUUCCUGGGGCUGCAUGACCGUAAGAUGUGCAUCAUCGGGCUGAGCGUGCUGAUGGAGCUGCCCAGCCGGCCGGCCGCCGUGGAGGGCGUGGCCGCCCAGAUCGUGCCCUCCGUCCUGCUGCUCUUCCUGGGGCUCAAGCAGGUGUACGCCUCCCGGGUCACCAGCAAGCCGGACACCUUGACCCGACGACCCGUCUCCAAAGAGGAGGAGGACGAGGAGAUCCCGAGUGAGGAAGACGAGGUGAAGGAGAACAGGCACGCGAUGCAGGAGACGCCCAGCACGCCCAGCGGCCAGGGAGACGAAGAUGAGGACGAUGACGACGAUGAUGAUGAUGACUACUGGGAUGAAGAGGGUCUGGAGGGCACCCCUCUGGAGGAGUACAGCACCCCCCUGGACUACGACAACGGGGAGGACGAGUACCAGUUCUUCACUGCUGCCCUACUCAGGGUGCAGAGCUCGGACGCAGGCUGGUACCAGUCCCUCACCGCCCCGCUCAGCGAAGAGCAGAAGAAGCAGCUGCAGGAGAUCUACAGCCUGGCCCAGCAGAGGAGGAGCACGGGGGUGAAAGGGCAGUGAGACGGAGGGGCGGAGCGCCAGGAGGGGAGGAGCGCCAGGAGGAGUGGAGCCGGGGCACUGGGAGGACCUCAGGACGGAUUCCACGGACUACAGACGCGCAGGAGCCCAGAGACCGCUCCUCUGACAGUGCCAGGAAGUCAGGGGGAGAGGGGGAGGGAGAGGGAGGGCAGGGUUAGGGCUCUGGAUCUGUGACCAGCUGAUGCAUCUUUGUGUGUGUGUGGGUGUGUGUGCGUGUGGGUGUGUGUGUCCUCUGUUCAGAUUUAAAAACUGAUGGAUCUGGGCUGGACUAGUAUCCUGUGGGUCAAAGGGUCAAGCAGUGAUAUCUGUCUGUCAAUCUUUAUGGGGUCAGUAGAUGGGUCAGUAUAUCCUGGUGCAUAUUGGACUGCCCCCUUGGACUGAUGUAUGAACUAAGCACCCCCCCAGUCCUCUCCAGCCAGGAGCCAGGCAGGAUAAAUGCUGUAGGAAUUUUUUGUAACAGGUUUCAUUUUUCAGGAGUAACUUAACGCAUAAAUUAUCAUAUAACAUAUAA